GCGUCGCCAAUCUGAUUGAUGCUUCUCUCCAUCCCAUCCGCCUCAGUGGGUGGCUGGGAAAAAACUACAUGCGACUUCCGCACACUCCCGCACACUCCCGCACACGCCCUCGAGGCCCAACCACUAGGCUCACCAGCCCGACAACCACCUGCUCCACUGUGCUUCAUGGCCGCAUAAAUGGCCGGCCAUGGUGCCUCUCCUAUUGAGGUCUUUGUUUUGUCGGUGUGUUUCUUCUUGGCCCCGUCACGCGUGCGCGUCCUCCCCUCUGUCAAGUCAGGCUCCCAGUCGUCCAGUCAUCCAGCUUCCCUGCUGGUCCGCUCUCUCCUCGUGGACAGACCCCGGCAUCAUGGUCACGGCCGUGGCCCAAACACAAGCUCGGUGUGCGCCUCGAUCCAUGCUGGACCUGCCAUCCAAUGCCUGGCGGUCCUCUCCUCCGUUCGGAUCACGAUCCGGCUGCGACAAAUUGGGUCAACGUCGGCCGGCGCCGUCCAAAACGGCCCAAGCUACGAUCACGACCAAUCACUCAGGUGAGGCGAGCGAUGAUGCUCCAAAGAGCUGGCCUCUGCUUGGCCCGCGCCCAGCUCGACAUCCCCAUUUGCUUCCUAACCUGCCCGUCCCAGCAGCCAGGCCCUCCGCUUCCCCUUCCUGGCGCAGGAUCUUUAGCCAAAUUAGGCUAUGCUUCUCUUGCCAGGGCUGGCUGUGGGCUGUGCGCGUCCUCCCAGGCUUUCUGGAACCCAACUUGUGGCUCACGAGAGCACGACCAGGUGCUGCAUCACCUUGAGGCCGACCGCAUCGGCGAGAGAUGGGGUUGACCGGUUCUCAGUGGCCUUCUCGUCACCGCACUAGGGGCAAGUUGCUCACCGUUCGCAUACAGAAUUCGGCCCAAGAUCGUUGCCCAACUGCCUCACCUUGCUUCAUUGGUGAGCAGCAAUACCGCCAGUAUGACUCCCACGCGCGAUCUCGGAGACGCUGGACCCCCACGAAGGAACAGGGCCGUCGCUGGGCCAGCGGCGCUCUCCAUUUUGCGGCUGCCUUCCUUUGGCUGUUCAGACCCAGCUCGGCUGAGGAUCCAUGACGUUUGCCUCUAACCUUCUACCCGUGAGCAUCAAAAGUAUGUUGCCUACGAAACAU